AUGAAAGAUCUAUCGUUCUUUGUCUGCUUCAUCUCAAUAUUUCUCAUUGGUUAUUCUGUUACAUCUUACUCUUUAAUUACAACGGAGCAACAAGUUAACUGGUAUCAAACAUCCGGUAAUAGUCCAUCGACGACUUAUACAUUGGCGAACGACGGUAGUGGACUCUGGAACUUUACUAUUAUACGUAAUGUUAUUGAUUGGGGCAUGUGGAAAGUCUAUGGACAGGUCGAGUUAUUAGAUCAUCAACAAGUUGAUGAUAACACAAUUAGUGCUGACAAUGAUGCUUAUGGUAACACAGUAUUUGUUUUCACGAUAAUUUUUGUUUGCAUUGCUAAUGUAUUACUUCUCAACGUGCUCGUUGCAUUGUUUAAUGUUACGCUAGAAAAAACUAAAGAACAUGCACAUAUUAGUUGGGCUUAUCAGCGGAAUGCCAUCGGUCUAGAUUAUUUUCGGAUUACUAAGGAAUAUCCACUAGGAGAACAAAUCGGAACUGAAAACGGAGAUUCGUCUAUAAAGAAAUUUUCUGCUCCCAAAAUUAAAAUUGAAAAAGAUCAGUAUUUGGGUAUUCGAUUUUCAUCAGAAGCUGGAAGUCCGUUUAGUACGGAGCGCAAUCAGUACUAUUGCUAUUUUGAUGGUGAAACUGAUCCUGAAACACCUCUACAAUUUACAAGAUGCUGGACGAAAGGAAUUGCAAUGAGUUUUCAUGUUCAACCAACUCAAGCCGAGCGAUAUACAUAUCGAAUUUAUGACAAUAUUUUGCGAGAGCGUAGCAUUGCUCAGGACUAUUGGGAAAAUGUCAUCGAAUGUCUCAAAAAAGAAGAGAGACAUACGAUUCAGCAGUAUAGUGCUGAAGAAGCUAAUUGGAAAAAAGUGGUGAAAUUGGUUCAUGAAUCAAAUAAGAAUCACAAUCAACCGAGACUCUCUAAUGAAUAA